AUGUUGCCAUUUACUCGUAAGGUGCUCUUUCAGGAGCAUGUGAAUGCGCCUUCUGCGGCGGAAAGUAAAAGUGCAGAAAAGACUUCGAAGUCGACGUCCAGUUCAAGCAACAAGAAAUCUUUGAAAGCAACUGCAGUUAGCUCCACAAAGCCAACGUUGUCCUCGCCACGUGUUCCAUCAACGAUGAAUAACGGUGCACAACAAGCACCAUCAGGAACGGCUACUGCCCAGCCAAGUCGCCAUUCCACAGCAGCGCAGCCUCCUCAUUCCUCGGGUCGAUCCCAUCAUUCGGGAACUGGGUCGUCUCAACAUGCCUCUCAUUUGCGGCCAUCGGCAGGAAUGGGAUCGUCCAGCCGAUCUGGAGGACGGCGACCGCCUGACGAUCCCCAUGUUGGAAAGUAUAAGUUGCUCAAAACCAUCGGUAAAGGGAACUUCGCCAAGGUCAAAUUAGCCAAGCACACAAUUACGGGUCAAGAAGUUGCUAUUAAAAUCAUCGAUAAAACCGCGUUAAACCCUAGCAGUUUACAAAAGUUAUUCCGUGAGGUGAAAAUCAUGAAGCAGCUCGAUCACCCCAAUAUCGUUAAGUUAUAUCAAGUUAUGGAAAAUGAACAGACGCUAUAUCUUGUUCUAGAAUAUGCAUCCGGUGGCGAAGUUUUUGACUAUUUGGUCGCACAUGGUAGAAUGAAAGAGAAGGAAGCGCGAGUAAAGUUCCGACAGAUAGUCUCUGCUGUACAAUAUUUGCAUUCGAAGAAUAUUAUUCACCGAGACUUGAAAGCGGAGAACUUGUUAUUAGAUGCCGAUAUGAAUAUCAAAAUUGCAGAUUUUGGUUUCAGCAAUCAGUUUACUCUAGGUAAUAAACUAGACACCUUCUGUGGAUCCCCACCCUACGCUGCUCCUGAGCUCUUCCAAGGGAAGAAAUACGAUGGUCCUGAGGUUGAUGUAUGGAGUCUUGGAGUCAUUUUAUACACAUUGGUGUCAGGCAGCUUGCCUUUCGACGGACAAAACUUGAAAGAACUUCGGGAACGUGUACUGCGAGGGAAAUACCGUAUUCCUUUCUAUAUGUCCACGGAUUGCGAAAAUCUGCUCAAGAAGUUCCUUGUCCUGAACCCAGCUCGACGAGGGACUUUAGAAACUAUCAUGAAGGACAGAUGGAUGAAUAUCGGUUACGAAGAGGAAGGUGAAUUGAAGCCCUACGUGGAACCUCCAAAAGAUCAAAUUGAUGAGGCCAGAAUAGAGAAGCUCAUUCAGCUCGGAUUCAACAAAGGCAGCAUUUUGGAUGCGUUAGAAAAAGAGAAAUUUGAGGAUAUCCAUGCAACGUACCUCUUGUUGGGUGAACGAAAGUGUGAGAUGGACGCUGGUGACUUGGCUCUGGCUCAACAGGCCGUCACACAUUCGACGCACAACGUCUCGUCAGGUAUUGGCUCUCAUGGUGUUGGCACCAACACCGCCGCCGCUGCAGCUGCCACUUCCACGCAAUCGCCGUCAAAAUACGCGAGGACGUCGUCAGCUCAAACGACCCCGACGGCAGGCACCUCUGUCAAUACAACCCCUUUGCCGAAGCAGUCGUCACGGCGUAGCAGCCAAAAUGAUGCUGCUGGAAUGAGUGGCCAACAGCCGCCUACACAGGCUCCAUCAUCAUCGUCUGCUCGUGCGCAGGUACAAAUGCGUCAGCAACCGACAUCACGACACACUACCAUGAGCAUGGUGCCAGCUUCAUAUCAGAGUAGUACCAAUGAAGGCCAUAGGGACUACUUGGCUUCGUUUACUCGGGGUGGAACGUCAUCCACUGUGACGUCGGGAUCACGGAAAUCAAGUGAUCCGAAAGGGCGUGUCCCGAUUAAUUUAGGGGUUCGAGCAGCUGGACAACGGGCAGAUGGAUCUUCAUCAGCCCGAACACCACAUACCACUUCUGGCAUUUCCACGACAUAUCAAGUGCCUGCGUCUGCUUCUUUGGUAGGCAAAUUAUACACGACAGGAAACGGUUCUGGACCAAAUUCGGGUGUUCCAUCGUUAAAGACUCCUGCUGCGAUCGCUCAGAUUCCUUUGCCUUUACAAAAAUCCGGUUCACAGAUUUCGCAUACGCCUACUGAACCGGUCAUAAAGGAGGAUGAAGAUGAAAGCAGUGAGUCAUCAGCUGGUGGACCCAAUGGGGUAGCUACAAUAACCCAUCUACCCAUCAUUGGUGGCGCACCUUUGGCUCAGAGUCCUCUCCCAUCGGUUGAAGAAGGACCUACUGAAACAAAACCUUCUGUUUCUGUGACGCCCGAAAGAGAGCACAAGUAA